CUCCGGAACCCUCGCACAAUACACGGCAUAGCCCGUAGGCUUUGGCAACGCAUCCCAGCGCCAGCCACACCGCAUGGUGACGGCCUUCCUCACAAAACCUCGCCUGCAGCGCCAUCCUUUCGCCACUGCUUUCUCCCAGCUGUAUUUCCAUUUGGCAUCUCGUGAUAUUGAAGGGUACCGCGUCAUUGCACGCCUUUUACUCCAAGAAAGCAGCCCCAUAAGCUGAAAACAUGACAUUCGCAACUCCCACUCCGACCACCGUAUUCAGACGCACCCAAGAUCAUGAGGCAUUCGCUCAACGCCAAGCGACCACACCCACGCCAACACGAACGAACCUCGGCCCGCUGACGACUCGCGACCCGCGUGCCGACAAUUACUCUGAUUGCCACGUUGUCUACGACCAGUGCGGCACCUGCUCGCUGGGCUGGCAGGCUCAGACAUGCGUCGGCAGUGGCAUUGUGACGGACAGGGCUGGUUGCUGGCCUGCGCCGACCGCCGGUGUCGCAACCCCCAGCGGUGCAUUGAAUGGCUGGGGCGUCUACUCGCCAGGCAUUGUCUGCCCGUUUGGGUUUGAGUCCGUUGCAGCAGCCACGGAGCAGCGGACGGGUUUUGCAUUCCAGUACCCAUUGACCUCGGGAGAGAAGGCUGUGGCAUGCUGUCCUACACCAGGGAGUCUCAGCGGUCGCUUCACUGCGACCAUUGAGAACGGCCACCAGACGUGCAAGCUCGUCGCCACUACAGGCGUCGUCAGCAUAGCCAACUGCGAGGCAUCUGGUCCUUCCGGAACGAUGGAGAUGUCUCUACCCUUUGACGGUCAGGACGUCACCUUGACCGAGUACUCGAUCUACGCGCCUCUAGUGCAGGUAGUCUGGCGGGAUUCGGACAUCGCGCCCGGUUCGACUGCUCCAAACGGCGAUAUUGGCGCCGGCGCGAUACCGACCGGAGCAGACAACAACAGCAACAACAACAGCUCCGGCUCGUCGGGGUUGUCAACUGGGGCCCAAAUCGCGAUUGGGGUUUCUGCUGGUGUUGUUGUCCUGGCACUUCUCCUCGCGGGGUACUGGAUUUGGCGGAAGAAGCAGAGACGCCAGCGGGCACUUGCAACACCAUCAGCCGCGACGGGAGCAGCGUGGGCUGCGGGAGGGCCGCACAAUGGGCCUGGCGCCUUCUCUCCGGCUCCUGGCGCAGGCGAGGCCGCGAAGCAUCAAUACUAUGACCCGGCUGAUGGAUUGUCAACCACAAAGAUGUAUACUGGGCACGGGGCUGGUGCCGGUGCUGGCGGGAACACUGAGCUUGCUGUUCUUGCACAGCUCGACGAUGACCGGGGCUACGCGCAAGGCAAUCGGUAUAACGAUGGGUACAGUCAGCAGCAGGGCCAGGACAAUAGGUGGCGGUCCCCAGCAGAGCUUGCGAGCUGA